AUGGAGAAGGAGAUGGAUUUCUGCAAAAGUUUUAGUUUAUAUGAAAAAAUCAUACAUGAAUCGAAACUAUAUAGAGCUUAUGCAUGCGUUCACUUGGUGUUUUUGCUGAUAUGGUGGAGAAUCUGCUUCCAAGCUUCCUUCUGUCGACAUUAUUAUCACUACAACAGACCCUUUCAAGGAGCCUGCUAUAAUGACUGCCAAUUAUUUUAUGGAGGCCUCAAAGAUGACCCAUUUGGAAAUCGACACAAAGUAUUUUUAAAAGCAACAGCCAAAGGAAUGAGCGGAAUUCAAGGUCCCAUGUAUUUUGGAACAUGCUGCUUCCACAGAAGAAAGGGAUUGUAUGGAGUACCACCUGCAACAAACAAAGAAGAUAGACAAGGGAAAGACACUCGCCAUUUUUCAUCCUCUAGUUCCAUGAAGGCUUUCAAAAGUAUAUUUGGAGAAUCUUCUGCCCUCGUGGCAUCUGCACAGACUAUUAUGGAAGACACUGCAUUCCACAAGCAUUCUUCACCCUCAUUCUUUGUAGAGGAGGCCUUCAAGGUUGCUAGUUGCAGCUAUGAAGCCAAAACUGCAUGGGGCAAAGAGGUGGGAUGGAUGCAUGGAGCUACAGCUGAGGAUGUUCUUACAGGGCUGAAAGUCCAAAGUUUAGGAUCGCGUUCCAUAUAUUACACGCCUGAGAGGUCAGCUUUCAUGGGAUGUGCACCAGGAAAUGAUCUAGACACUCUUAUACAACAAAAGAGAUGGGGCACAGGAUUGAUAGAGACACAUGUCAUUACGCCAGAGGAUGCUUUAUGCCGAUUUCACUUUAUCGGCAACAUGGUCUUUGCCAACCUUAUGUUAUGCAAUCGUGCCUGCCUUCAGUCUGUUAAGUGGCAAAUCGUUCUUACCCAAGUGGGUCUUUUCCUCUCAGUAUAUGGGAGGAGGCUUUUGGAAUAUGUUUUGAAUGGUUGUUCUGCAAGAGAAUGGUGGAAUAACCAAAGGAUGUGGUUGAUAGUGUGCAUCUCCUCAUGGGUGUUUGCAUUGUUUGAUGUUACAAUGAAGAUGGUGGGACUGUCUGAAACAGUUUUUGUUGCAACUCCAAAAGGGUCUGGAGAGGAAGAGCAGAGUAAGGAAGGUGAAUUCACAUUUAAUUCAUCUGCUUUGUUCAUUCCACCAACUACUGUCUUGUUGAUAAACUUAGCAGCCAUUUGUGAGAGCACUCUAAGGUUUGCGGUUGGUGGGUAUGAGAUUAAGAACAAGCCAUUUGCUUCCAUUCAUAAAAGGACUGGUUAUAAAGGGAAAGGGUGGUCUUCCUUGGAGUGUAAUUAUGAGAUCGUGUGCUUUGGCUAUGCUUCUCUGGACUACAAUUGUGACAUAUGGGUGUUAAUAUGA